UGCUUUAUAUUCAAUAUGAGGUUUUUCCAAACAAAUAUAUUACAUUCAGUGUUUUUUUUUUUGCUUGCUCCGCAUAAUUCUGUAACGAUCAACAAGGAGUAGGGAUCUGCGACACCACGACUGAAAGCAAUUUGCUAGAAGAAGAAAAAAGAAAUCCAAGAUGUCGCGGAGGUACGAUAGCAGGACAACAAUCUUCUCACCGGAAGGGAGGCUGUAUCAGGUUGAGUAUGCGAUGGAAGCCAUCGGAAAUGCGGGGGCGGCAGUGGGGAUCCUCGCAAAGGAUGGAGUAGUUCUCGCAGGGGAGAAGCGCGUGACGUCAAAGCUCCUUCAAACCUCCAAGUCCACCGAGAAAAUGUACAAGAUAGAUGAUCAUGUGGCCUGCGCCGUGGCCGGAAUUAUGGCAGAUGCCAACAUCCUCAUCAACACGGCUAGGGUUCAUGCCCAGCGUUACACUUUUGCUUACCAAGAGCCCAUUCCUGUUGAGCAGCUGGUUCAAUCCCUUUGCGAUACGAAGCAGGGGUACACUCAGUUUGGGGGACUUCGCCCCUUCGGGGUCUCCUUCUUGUUUGCUGGGUGGGAUAAGAACUAUGGCUUCCAGCUUUGCAUGAGUGAUCCAAGUGGCAACUACGGCGGAUGGAAGGCUGCCAGCAUUGGUGCCAACAACGCCACUGCGCAGUCCAUGCUCAAGCAGGAAUAUAAGGAGGACAUGUCCAGAGAAGAGGCGGCUGAGCUUGCACUUAAGGUCAUCAGUAAAAGCAUGGAGACCUCUGUCAUCUCUCAUGAGAAGGUGGAAUUGGCUGAGAUAUUUUUAACUCCUUCUGGAGUCAAGUAUCAAGUUUAUGCCCCUGAUGCUCUGGAUAAACUGCUCCAAAAGGCCAACCUUACCCAGCCUGCACCUGAAUCUUCUUGAUGCUAAUCAAACUGGGGUUGCUCGCUUUCAGUUUGGAAAGCUUUAGGUACAAAAAUUGCAUUUAUAUUUGAAAAGUAACUUGCCAUAGUCAUAUAGAAACCGUUGUACCCAUGUUACACAAAGACGGUUUCUAGUGCAGAAUGGAAAAAAAUGGAAGUAUUAGUUUAAAAGUUUUGAAUUAUUGCUUUUAAUAUUCAUCUUCCAAUUAUUGCAACAAACAGAUUUGAGGCUUGAAUCUAAAUUAGCAAUCUGAUUUACAGCUUACUGUUUAAAUAUUAAUCUUCUAUUUUUAAA